AUGCACACCGUGUUCUCCACCGAGUGCAACGAUUACUUCGAUUGGCAAUCUCUCGGGUUGUACGACUCGUGGAGACAGGUCGGGCAGCGGGGGAAGUUUACACGCUUGUUGGCGUGCGACGAGUCGGAUAAAAAGUCGCUGGCGAAGAGCGUAUCGGUGGUCCCGGACACGCACGUGCACCCGAAUUAUCGCGUGCACCCGGAGACGAAGGACGCGUACUCGGCAUACAAUAAGCCGUACAGUCUGUAUCACUGGACGACGCACGCGAACGUCACGGCUGACUUCCUCAUCGUGCUCGAUGCAGAUAUGAUUUUCCGAGCGCCGAUGACGGUGGAACUCUUGGGAGUCAAACGCGGAUCGCCGGUAUCGGCAAGAUAUUCGUAUCUCAAGGGUACGCUCCCCGAGAAUCACAUGGGGGUGAAGGCGAGGGUGAGGAACGUGGAGAAGACGCAGCAAGUCGGCGGGUUCACAGUUAUGCAUAGAGAGGACAUGACCAAGCUCGCACCGCGGUGGCUGUACUGGACCGAGCAAGUGCGGCAGGAUCCAGACUCUUGGGCGAAUACAGGUGAUAUAUAUAAUGAUAACGGGAAACUCGGACCGCCGUGGAUUUCAGAAAUGUACGGUUACGUCUUCGCUGCGGCGGAGCUGGGUGUGGAAUUUCAAGUCCACGACGAUUUCAUGCUCUAUCCGGGAUACUAUCCGCCCAUGGACGAUCGUUUCCCUGUGGUUCUUCACUACGGUUUGACGUUUCACGUGAUGGACUGGGCGUUCGCCAAGUAUUGGUUCCACAGUAAGGCGGUUGAGUGUCCAAUGAAGCUUUUUCAGCGACCGCCUCCUGAGAGCGCGUUGAAGAGUCGAGGUAUGAAGCGCCGUCGCGAUCUGACAGCAUUAACGUGUGCGUGGGGACUUUACAAUGCCACGAGGAAUUACGCGAUCGAGGUGUGCGGCGAAAAAGAUCCAAAGGACGAGCCCAAAAUCGUGUACAAGUGUUUGACUCGCGAGAAGACGAAGGUUGUCGAGUGCCAUCAAAAAGGCGACGACGAAGACGAUGUAGAUGACACCUUUCGCGGACAACGUGUCGAGAAGUGUGAGGACAAGAACGAAGCUUGCUGUGGGUGGGCGAAGAGUGGGGAGUGCAUGAAGAAUCCGGGCUACAUGGAGGAGUAUUGCGCGCUAUCCUGCGACGUGUGCGAGAGCGCUCGAUGCGCAUCAAAGUGUUGCCCUACGAACGAACGUGAUGAAUCGCGCGGCGAAGUCGUAGAGAGCAAACGUCAGAUCACGGCGGCGACUGUCAAGAACGAAGAGCGCGUGGUAAAUGAGAAAAUGGAGGAAGAACCAGUGGAGGAAGAACCAGUGGAAGGAACAAUCGAACACGAGGAAGAGAGGGGUGAGACGGGGCGAGUGGCGACGGCAACGAUAGCGACACACGACUUACCAGACGUUGCUGAUGAGAUUCUAGUAAACGAUAGCUUAGGCAACGACGAGAGGUUCGAGUGGUACAGCUCUUGGCGCAGCGUGUUCGCCAUCGCUGCCGUGUUGAUCAUCAUUAGAGUACGUCUAGCACAGAGACGACGCGCUAAGCGUAGAAGUAGAAAUUACGUACGAGUUGUGCACCGUUAA